CUGUCAUCAUUCUCCUGGGCACUUUUGGGUGCUUUGCCACAUGCCGGGGGAGUACUUGGAUGCUGAAACUGUAUGCCAUGUUCCUCUCUCUUAUAUUCCUCAUUGAGUUGAUUGCAGCCAUUGUAGGACUGGUCUUCAGACAUGAGAUAAAGAACAGCUUUGAACAUGGCUACCAGCAAGCUCUCCAACAGUACAACUCCACCGGUGAUGCCAGAAGCCAGGCUGUGGAUACCAUUCAGAGGACUUUGCAGUGUUGUGGAGUUAAAUCUUACAUUAACUGGGGUGAAACGCCAUACUACAAGGCGCAUGGUAUCCCCAUGAGCUGUUGCUGCCUUCCAGGUAACUGCACAGAAGCCGACAUGAAGGACAUGGUAAAAGCCAAAGACAAAGUAUUUCCACAGGGCUGCAUAGCUUUGGUAACUACAGUGAUGGAGUCCAGAAUGGGCAUUGUAGCUGGGAUAUCAUUUGGAAUAGCUUGUUUCCAGCUUGUUGGAAUGUUUUUAUCCUGCUGCUUGUCCCGAUACAUAACGAACAACCAGUAUGAGAUGGUGUAAACUCACCCUGAUGCGGCAGGUAUUCAGGAAAUUGUUCAUUUUAUUUGAAGCAUUGAAGACUCUGUCACUGGCGUAUAUCAACAUCUUCCUGGGAAAACCUCCUGCUCAGUGCAUAGUACUCUUUUUUACCUCACUACUCAUUUGCUCUUUGUCUGUGGGUGCUCACUUCUGGAGCACUCUACUCUUAACAUUGACAAUAUUUUAAAGAUAUCUGUACUUUAGCAUAAGCGAUUGCAUUCCACAAACUGAUCUGCGGAUUGAUACACUAAUGCUUGUGGAAAUAUGGAUAUCUUGAUAGCACAUGCUCUACUUUAUGAAUUGAAUUAUGUUACUUCUAUACUCGUCUAAUAAUCACACGCUUGUGAAUUUUUCUUUUUUUCUUUUUUUUUUCUUUUACAGUUCGCAUAAAGAACAAUUUUGUUGGUUGGUACCAUAGAUCCAAUAUUGGGUUCUAUCACUUACAGUAUUGAUCCAGACUAGACUCUUGCACAUACAUCUUAUUUUUCCUUUUAGUUAGAAAAAAGGAACCUUCAAGGAAAUGUUUAUAUGUGAUAAUCAUGCAUACAUGUAAUUUGUCUGUAUAUGAAGCAGCAUUCAUAGAAAAUCCGACUGGCCUUUCCUGCCUGUAACUAUUACAGGAAUCAAUUUACUGUUUUCCUUGUUGAAACGGAGCCGAAAAUCAAAUUAUGGUCAUCAGCAGAAAUAUGCAAAGGUUAGCUUAAACUGGUUGUGGUUCCCUGUCUGUUCUCAGGUGGAGACUGCUCUGGUAAAUUUGAAAGAAAAAAAUAAGCAAGUUUGCAUACACUUUUCAGCAUCUCUAUGUGUGCAUGCUUAGUAAUUUUCCUCUAGAAUGUUAUGGGAAGAAAAUUGACUGAGAGGACAAGCCUGAAAAUGGGUUUUGCGUACAGAUAGUUGCAGUACCAAUUAUAAGGUGUAUGUAUUUGUUUUUGUUUUUUUAAUCCAUGCAUUCUUACAGAACAGUCAGCUCAACACCAAAACUAAAAAAAAAAAAUCCACAAAAAUCAUUGCAAUAAGGAAACACUUCAUGCUACUCCUACUUUGGCUAUACAAUCUUGCAAAACAAAAACCUCUCAAUUUUUCUGCCUUUACCUCUUCAGGACUAGGUAGCUCAUAACAUCUUUAUUUUUCUCUUUUUAUAGUUAGUAGAGUUGCUGGGGUUUCUCCCAGAGAUCUGCAGUAUGUAGGCCAACCUGGAGCAGUAAAGCAUUUGAUUAUGUACGAGAUUAACGCCCUGUUGCUGGGGCAUUUAGUGUGUGUGUGUUUCCUCCAGAUGGAGUGUUAACAAAACCUUAACUCUAAUUCUCUGAAAAAGUAAAUUUACAGACGUAAGAAAUUGUUUUGGAAUGCAUAUUAAGUUCCCCUGCUGCUUUAGAUGUAUUGUAAUUUGGUGCCUGGACACUCUCUUCGCCAAUGUUUUCUGUCUUAAUCCAAGAGUUCACAUCAGUUAGAUUACAUAGGGUGUUUAAAAAUAUUAAAAGCUUGAGAGGAGUUGUAGUUAGUUGUGGUACAAAAGGUUUUUAGAAUUAGUGGUUAUGGUUCAAGUGGUAUUAAAUUUAAAAUUGGGAUAUACCGUUUUUAAGAGGAGUAAAACCUAGGAUUAAGGUGAAAGGUUUUGUUUCAGAUUUAGGCAUAGCAUGCUUAAAGGGACACUAUACGCACCCAGAACUUUUCAUCUCAUUGAAGUGAUCUGGGUACACUGUCCCUGUCCCCACCCCCUUAGCUCUGCAGCUGUUAACAUUGCCAUUUCAGAGAAACAGUAAUGUUUUCCUUGUAAGGCUAAGACUGCAAUUCGUGUCAUAUGCCUUGUGUGAGGACGUCCAGUGUCCUCUAAAUCCUCAGAGUAAAUAAUUUGGUCUAUGCUUUCCUAGGAGGAAAGCCUAAUGCUCGUUUGGUCUUUGCUGCACAUGUGCAUUAGGUUUCCCCUAUUGUCUGACGUCUGCAGAGGAGGAGCCCAAUCCAGCGCCAAGGGACAGACAUUGGUGCUGGAACCAGGUAAGGGAAAAAAGGGUUGUAUAACCCUUUACUUGCCACUGGGUGAGAGUUGCAAGGGAGGGAGCAGAUUCUAAAUCUAAAGUUUUCCUUUAGAUUUUGCAGUAAAGAAAGGGUUUCUUUUAGGGUUUUAUGUUUUAGUUUUUUUGGGUGGGGGGG